AUGGAUACAUUGGAUCUUGGUUUACGCGAACUCUAUUUUAACGUCAACGGCGGUUACAUGUCGAUGGAAAAACUUUACAGGGAUGCGGUGAAAGAAGGUAUUCCAGGCGUCACGCGUGAAAAAGUGAAGGCGUGGUUACAGACACAAAAUACGUACAUCGUUCAUAAACCGACGCGUGUUCAUUUUAAAACGCAACGGACGGACGUCGAUGGACUUGCCCAACAAUUACAGUUGGAUCUCGUCGAUAUGCAAGCGUACAGUCAUGCAAAUAAAGGUUACAAAUGGAUUUUAACCUCCAUCGAAAUUUUAAGUCGGUAUGCAUUUGCUGUCCCCGCCUAUCGAAAAGGAGCGAAAGAUAUGGUACCGGCCGUCGAAAAAAUCCUGGAACAAUUUCACGAAAGAUUUGGACGCUAUCCAAAAGUCGUUCAAUUUGACGAAGGGAGUGAAUUUUACAAUAACGGAGUCAAAGGAUUAUUGGAAAAACACGACAUUCAUUAUUUUUCGACGCGACUGACCGGAAAAAAAGCAGCCGUCGUCGAAAGAUUCAACAGGACGUUAAAAACAAGAAUGUGGAAAUAUUUUACCGAACAACAAUUUACGACCAAGUCAAAAAAAUGGAUCGAUGUUCUGGAUAAUUUUGUUGCAUCGUACAAUCAUUCCAGACAUCGAACCAUCGGUAUGAAACCUUCCGACGUGAACGAAACCAAUAAAGAUAAAGUCUGGACAAAACUUUACGGUUAUCCCUCGUCUCAUUUUCCAGAACCAAAAUUUAAAGUUGAAGAUCGUGUCCGAGAUCAAAUCUAUCGCGAUACUUUUGUAAAAGGAUACAGGUCGAAUUAUACCGUCGAUGUUUACGUCGUGUCGGAAGUGUUUCGCGGUGAUCCCAACAUGUAUAAACUCAUCGAUCCCGACGAUGACGAUCGUGAAAUUCAGGGAAGAUUUUACGAGCACGAAUUAUCGUUGGAUCUAAGUGGUAAAUAAACUAUGGCCGAAUAUAUCGAACUCGACGAGAUCGGAGGGGAUUACGAUUGGGAUCCGUGGGAAGGAAACGAUGGAUAUGACUAUACGGGUUUGGACGACGACGACUUGUACGAAACAGAAUUGGACGAUCUGGAAAGACGGGAUGAUGAAGUAUGGCUGACAGAUUUUAAAAGACAGAACGAAGGUGAUAGGUUCACGAAAAGAAAAAAAGAAACCAAUUCCCUGUACACGACUGGAUCUUCUGUCGGUAUAAAAUCCGAGUAUAUGAAAAAACUUUUUGGGAACGACUAUCAAUUAAAUCCGAAUGACGGACCUUAUUCAAAAGAUUUAUUUUCCAGAUUAAAUAUUAUCGAUGGAUACUGGCUGUCAUUUGAUAAUAUUAAAGUCGCUUACAUCGAAAAAAAUGGGGAAUACAAACUAUCCACAACUCAAAAUGUAACUGUUACCGAUAGCCAGAAAAAUUUUAGAUCUGUCUUUGAAAAAGCAACGGAAGAACAUAAAAAUAAAUUUGUCAGUAUCGUGGAAAAAGAAGUUCCGGAGGGAAAUCCAUCGAUCCACGACGAUAUUUCCGACGAUGUGCGUUAUGAAAUUCAUCGUGAAAAUAUCCACGAUAAUCUUGAAUUUCACGAACGUGUUUUACGGUUUCAUCGCGAUGGAAAAUUCACCGAACAGGAAUCUAGGGAACUGGUCGGAAUUACCGUUCCCAAAGGACAGCCCGACGAACGGAUUAAAUAUUUUAAGGUCGAACGUCAGAAACUUAAAACAGAUUUUGAAUCCGAAUCCGAUCCAGAACGUAAGAAUAUUUUUCGCGAGGCGUUAGAGAUCGUCGAUCAAAAUAUCGACGAUGCGAAACUGGAAAUGCGCGAACGACCCGAAUCCGAAGAAGGCGUGCAUCGUGUUCGUGAAAAAGUACGCGAGGAUGUACGGACGAGAUUUGAGAAAUUUAAAAUCUGGGCCAGGGAAAAUUUAGGAGUUUUAUCCGCGAUCGCUAUUUCCAUCGCAGGAAUUAUUACGACCGUCGUCGUCGCCGGAAAAAAGACGCUGGUCGGUGCUGCAAAAGGCGUGGGUGAAGUCGGAAAAGCGUUGGGAAAAAUUGCAAAAGCUGCGCUUCCCGUUCUAAUUCCCAUUUUGAAUAUGUUGGCGACCGUUUUGAAAUGGGGGGCGAAAGGAAUAGAAUUUCUUGCUAAAAAUCUAUGGAUUCUUGCCAUUUUCAUCGCCGGAUAUUUGUACAAUUAUUUCGCGAAAAGUAAAAAGUAA